AUGGUGCCACACCCUGCAUCACCGCUCUAUAUUGGAAAACGAUUUUUUUACAGAUUAUAUACCAAAAGAUAUAAUUCUACAGUUAAAUUUGACGAGUCAUACGUAAAUGUUAUACCUAAGCAUUGUGGAUACAACCCUAAAUUUGAAAGGAUUGAUCAUCUUUCCCAAUCAUUAACAGCCACCAAUGACGUUGGCGAUUCCUGCGAUAUAAAUGGAGGAAAAAGGUUAUUUUUACCUUCAAAUAUCCUUACAGAGUUGGCCAAAAGGGCGUUUACGGACAUUAUGUAUUUUUUGCGCCCGGGCCACCUAGCCCAGCUUCGGAAAAUUUACGACGAUCCAGAGUCAUCGGACAAUGAUAAAUUCGUUUCUAUACAGCUACUAAAAAACGCUUGUAUCGCUUCAGCUAGAGUACUUCCUGGCUGCCAAGAUACAGGCACCGCGAUUGUUAUAGGAUACAAGGGCGGUAGUGUAAUGUCAAUCAAUGACCAUAAGUCACUGGCAGAAGGAAUCUAUAGUGCUUAUGCUGAGAACAAAUUUAGGUAUAGCCAAAUGUCCGCAUUAAACAUGUAUAAAGAGGUGGGCACUGGAUGCAAUUUACCGGCACAAAUUGAUAUAUUUGCCGCCGAUGGCACAAGUUAUGACUUAUUAUUUAUCGCCAAAGGCGGUGGUUCCGCCAACAAAACCUUCCUCUACCAAGAAACACGCGCAAUUCUGGACGUUAAUAAACUGAAGGGAUAUUUGCUAGAAAAAAUAUCCACGAUUGGCACAUCUGCUUGUCCCCCCUAUCACUUAGUUAUUGUUGUGGGUGGGCUUUCCGCUGAAAUGACCCUAAAGACUGUAAAACUAGCUUCUUGUAAAGAGCUGGACAAUUUGCCAAUAGAAGGUAAUAGGUACGGGAUAGCAUUUAGAGACGUGCAGCUGGAAAAUGAGCUGCUAAGGGAAUGUCAAAAUUUGGGAAUCGGCGCUCAAUUUGGUGGAAAAUACUUUUGCCAUGAUGUGAGAGUGGUGAGAUUGCCAAGGCAUGGCGCUUCUUGUCCAAUUGGCAUUGGUGUCUCGUGCUCUGCAGACAGACAAAUCAAGGCAAAAAUUGAUACCACCGGGGUUUACAUUGAGAAGCUUGAAGAAAACCCAGCACAAUACUUACCAGACGUGCAAAUUGAGGGCAAUGCAGUAAAAAUUGAUUUGAACAGACCCAUAAGUGAAAUAUUAAAAGCACUGUCAGAGCUGAAAGUCAGCAGCAGGGUUGUUUUGUCUGGACCGCUGCUUGUUGCUCGCGACCUGGCCCAUCAAAUGUUGGAUAAUUACCUAACUGAACACGGGGAUUUGCCCGAGUGGUUUAAGCAGCAUCCCAUUUAUUAUGCAGGUCCUGCAAAGAAGCCGGAUCAGUAUGCAAGUGGAUCAUUCGGUCCCACCACUGCUGGUAGAAUGGACUCAUAUGCUGACAGGUUCAUGGCCAAGGGGGCUAGUCUGAUCAGCCUGGCCAAGGGCAAUCGGUCUAGGGCUUUCGCCAAGGCGUGUAAGGAUCAUGGCGGGUUUUACUUGGGUUCGGUUGGCGGUCCUGCCGCGCUAAUUGCCAAAGAUUGUAUUAAAAAAAUGGAUGUAGUUGCAUUCCCGGAAUUGGGAAUGGAGGCCGUUUUUAAGAUCGAGGUGGAUAACUUUCCUGCGUUUGUUGUGGUGGAUUGCAAGGGGAACGAUUUUUAUAAGAAGUGGACUGGCUAG